AUGCCUGGGUUACCAACUAGUGUCGAUCUCGACGAGUGUAUCGCCCGCCUGUACCGGAAAGAACUGCUAGCCGAAUCGGUAAUCGAAGCCAUAUGCCUCAAAGCCAAGGAACUGUUGAUGAAGGAGAGCAAUGUGGUCCACAUCGCUGCUCCAGUCACCGUGGUCGGUGAUAUCCAUGGCCAAUUCUUCGACAUGAUCGAGAUUUUUAAGAUUGGAGGAUUCUGUCCGAAUACAAACUACCUCUUCCUUGGCGAUUAUGUCGACCGCGGCCUGUUCAGUGUGGAGACAAUUUCACUCCUGGUGUGCCUAAAACUACGAUAUCCCUCUCGAGUCCACCUCAUCCGCGGCAAUCACGAGUCUCGUGGAGUCACCCAAUCUUAUGGGUUUUAUACCGAAUGUGCACGCAAGUACGGCAACGCCAACGUCUGGCACUACUUCACCGACAUGUUCGACUUCUUGACACUGAGUGUCGUGAUUAAUGACGAGAUCUUCUGCGUACAUGGCGGUCUUUCUCCCUCCAUUCACUCCAUCGAUCAAAUCAAGAUUAUAGACCGAUUCCGCGAGAUUCCACACGAAGGCCCCAUGGCCGAUCUCGUCUGGUCGGAUCCAGAUACAGAGCGUGAUGAGUUUUCGCUCUCCCCCCGUGGUGCUGGAUACACCUUCGGUGCACAGGUUGUCCGGAAGUUCCUGGAGGUCAAUAGCAUGUCGCAUAUCCUACGGGCACACCAGCUUUGCCAGGAAGGCUACCAGGUUCUCUACGAUGACAAAUUGAGUACGGUCUGGAGUGCUCCCAACUACUGCUACCGUUGCGGGAAUCUAGCGAGUGUACUUGAAGUGAGUGACACAGGAGAGCGCUAUUUCAAUAUAUUCGACGCCGCGCCUGAGAACGAUGUUCAUCGGAAUGAACAGCAGGCCCAGCAGACCAAGGACGGCCCGAGUCCAAUUGUUGACUACUUUCUGUGA